AAUUAAAGAUGUCUGCCAAUUUACAUCCGCAAUGAAAACUUGAGAAAUAAUUGCUUAUAUAUUGACAUACGGUUGAGUGAAAAGGACUGAUGGAAAACAUUUUGUAGAAAAAUUAUCUAGUUCCCGGAAUAAUGGGCUCUCAUAUUCUUGAUAUCCUCCGUCAGGGGAUAUGGGCCUCGUUGACAGGCGGGUGGUUCUACGAUCCACAUCUCAGCAUUUUUAUCAACACAUUCCACCUGUAUCUAUGGCUGUUCCUGCUCGCAUUUCCACUGAUUUUGCAUUUGACCUUAACGCCGUCUCUGUUCAUAUGGGCUGUGUACUGCGGCAUUGUGGGAUUGGUGUUUGUGGGUGUCAAGGUAAUGAACUACAAACUGCACCAUAUGUUUGAUACGUCGGAGAUGAUAGAAGAAGUUGAGGUGAAGACCAGUGUGAAAGGUGACAGUAACCCAGCCGUUGCAUUAUGCACCGAGGAGCCACCAGAAACCAUUGAGAUGAAGGAGCUGUCAAGUAGUGCCAGUAAAAACGAUCCCUCCACUGAACAGAAGAUGGACACACAGCCGGACACACACUCUGAACGUAGCAGAAAACAGAGCUCUGACACUGGUGCGAGAAAAAGGAAGUCAAGACGAACUGAUAACAUACAGAAAGUGAGCAGUCAGAAGGGAUCAAGUCGUGCUCCUUUAGCUGAGAUGGAUAAAGAUGAGAUAGACCUUUCCCUACAAGGAGCUGUUGGAGGCACCAGCAGGGUACUUACACAUCACCAUGGCAACAGUGACCAAGACGAUGAGGACACUCCAUCAGAUGCUGAGGAUGACCUUAGUGUCCCUAACACUAUAACAACAAAAGCUGACGUGGAAGUUGAACCAUCUGACUGCCAGAUAAACCUUCCUGACAUCAAUCCAAGUCCCUCAGAACUCAAAUCUCCAUCAGAAUCCAAGCACUCAUGUGAUGCAGAUUUUAGUGAUGUGUCUCCUGAACAUGAAAAUGUAAAAAUGAAAAAAUCAAGACGUCGAGCUCAUAGAGCAAAGAGUGCUUUAGAAAGCUCGGAUUUACCUUCAAAACAUUCCUCAGAGAGAUCCUUACGCUCGCGUCCCUCACUGCCCGCUAGACCAAAAUUAGAGUCUGUAAUUAAUAAAGAUACAGGUGUGAGAAUAAUUCGACCUUGGAGUGAUCAGACAAUUUGUAGAACUAAACAGAUGUUAGAAAGUGAUGAAAUUACUGUGAUAGAUUUUGAAGUUAUGAAUAAUGUAGCUAAAGCAUAUCAAGCUAGAAAUUCCUCUUCAAAACAAGAUAGAUCAAAACUAAACCAACCUUCAAAUGAAGGUUUGUCUAGACAAGAACCAAGGACUUCUAACUCUUCAUGGCUUAGAGGAUUUAAUCCGGAUAUCAUAAGUUCUUCUGAAAUGCGUGAGAGAGAAGAUACUGAAAAUUCUAAUGAUUUUCAAAUGAGAUCUAGUAGAUCUAAACGUUCUAGACCAAAGAAUAGUAAUAAUGGUGAAAAAGACUUUGAAGAAUUGAAUGAUGAACCAUGUUCCAAUGGUAUAAGAUCAAAAGGUGAAAGUAAAAAGAAAAGAAGUUUGUCACACAGUGCUGUAAAAUGUGAGUCUAAUACAGAUCAGUCUUUGGCAAUAGUUCCAUACAUUCCUAUUUCUAAAAGUAUAAGAUCAAACUUUCGAACUAGAAAUGCUUUAAGUGAAGAAAGAUACGUUGCAAAAGAAAAGUCACGGACGUCUAGUCAGCCAGCAAUUAAAGUUGGCUCAGAAUUUCCGUCUAGUACUGAUGAAGAUUCUGAUCUAAGUUUAGGUGAAGUUGUUGUUGCGCCACAAAAAGAAAAAAAGAAAAGAACAUCUAGUGAUACUACAGACAAAAGUUCUAGUAAAGGUAAAGAUAGAACUAGAGCAAAUAAGAAAGCAAAACACGGUGAGCGUAGACGGAGACCAAAUAGUGCUGAAUUUGUUCAGUCAAAAGAAUCUAAUACAGUGACAGAUGUGUCAAAUAAAAAUAAAGUUAAAAUUCAUUCCAGUCCAACAUUGAACACAAACAGUGCAAGCACUCCUGAAAAACCAAAAGACGUAGGGUUUGCACGUGUCAGUAAGAUGCUAGCACGUGCAGCAAGUGAUAAAAGUGUUGGAAAAGUCCCGUCAGUGUCAUCUGUUAGUAACUCCCAGCAGAGCAGUGUUAUUGGGUUGGAUUGGCUGUUUAGUACAGACAGCGAUUCUUCAGAUACAAGAUCCCAUCAUGACAGGGAUGGUGACAGCAUUACUUCAACAUCUGUUUCCCUUGACGACAGUUUCUAUGACAACUCUGUGAUAUAUACAGCUUUACAUGACACUGACACAUUUACUUCUCCUAGUAGUACAGGAACUGAUGACCCUUGUCCUGAAAAUAAACAUAGAAAACCAGUCUGUACUAAAGAUUCAAUAGAUGUAAACCAGUCUUCGCAACCAGACUGUAAUAAAGGGGGAGAAUUCAGUGACAGUGAUUUAGAAGAAGGUGAAAUAGUACAGUGUUUGCCAUCUACUGAAGAGGGAACCAGUGUAGACAGAGAUGAAACUGAUGUAACUGGAGCUGAAACCAGUGGAGCAUCAAAACCAAGUACAGAUCUUGAAAUGAUGAUGAAGCAAGGGGCAAUACCCAAACACUUCAACAAACCAUUACCUCCCUUGCCCGAAACAGCAACAAAGUCUCAGUCUAAAGAAGAUAUUCCAGACACAAAAGCAUCAAGUCCGUCUUCAUUUGACCUGUCUGACCCUGAAGAGUUCCAUAGAAAGUUAAUUGAGAUUCUCAAUGAACCAGCAGAAACUUCCACUGAACAACUUAAGAAAUUUAUGGCUGUUAUGGAAGCUAAAAAAAACAAGAGCAGUUCAGUCAGGAGUAAAAGUGAGAAAGAGGACAAAAGUGUGAGUGCAGGGGAGUCUGGUCUAACUGGCGCCUCUGUACUCGACCCAGAUGAUGGUGACAAGUCAGGGGAAUCAAAACCAGUCACACCAACAGAGAUCUCAAGUCUCCUGCCAGACAAUGGUGAAUCCAAAAAUGAACAUAGACUGGCUCGUCAGCCAGCAAGGAAAAGACGCCAUCCUGCUGUGCGACAGAGAUCUCCAACAAUCCCACCAUGCAUUGCAAACAACUCACACAUCGCAGAAUCUCAUGAAGACACAACAGAGGGCGCCACCCAUCUUUUCCAAGAUGAAGAUGGUAACUGGUUCUCGUACACAUUUGGUGAUGGAACAGCUGGAGUAGCAUUGUCCCUGGCUGAGGCAGCUGAUGCACAAAAAAAUUGGAAAGAAGACCGCUGGAGUUCCUCGUCAUGUGCCUCGGGCUCUAUGGUUGUUCUCGACUCACUGAAGGAUGAGGAUAAACCGCCGUUGUCUUCAUUACGUAUCCUCGAUCAUCAUCAUGACCUUGGUCUGCCGGGUUCUGUAGAUAUUCGCCCUACCAGGGGCAUCUUACAGUGUUUGCGUGAGCAUUUUGAUCCUGAAGUUAUAGCCAGUGUUGAUGCAUAUGUAGAUCAGCUGUUAGAAAAUGGUCGUAGAUUUGACUCGUCAUCGGACACAGAUUCCAAGGACAUGAGCGGGUCACAUGAUACACCACCAACAAAACAUUUCUACAAAUUUAAAUUAUUACCAAAGAAGUUCAUCAAAAUAUACUUUGAUAGAUUAGCCCUUCUUGCCCUGUUAGACAGGAAUUUAUCUGUGAUUGAGAAUUUUAUAGCUGUGAUGAUGGCCAUGUGUGUCGGAGCUCUUGGUGCACUUGUACUCGCAGGGGAGUUCUACUAUGAUAUCUGGAUGUUUCUCUUCUGUUUUAUCAUGGCUGGCUGCCAAUAUUCACUGAUAAAAAGUGUGCAGCCGGAUGCUGCUUCACCCAUGCAUGGGUAUAACCAUUUGAUUGUGUUCAGCCGUCCAUUUUAUUUCUGUUUAUGCUGUGGUCUGAUGUUAAUGUUGGACUAUGUGGGUAGAUACGAGACACCACACACGGUAUAUGUAUACGGAAUGCCGUUCACUACUGCUACUAUACUCCUGUUUGCCAGAGAUUUCCUCAGAGUGCUCCUGCUAUGUUUACCAGUGAUAUUUACAGUAGGACUACUGCCUCAAGUGAACACAUUCAUCACAUUUGCAUUAGAACAAAUAGAUACUCAUGUAUUUGGUGGAAAUGCUACUGUAAGCCUGUUAUCAUCUGUUUACUGUCUAUGUAGAAGUUUACUUGCUGCUGGAUUUCUCUAUGUCAUAUGUUACCUCACACUGAUUCAACUAGGAAAGAAUAUAGUUGAUGAGCCAAACCCCUGUAAAAACCCUGAGUUUGCCCAGACAGCAGCCUUCUCCAUAUACUGUGCUGUGUUAGUGGCAAUGUCAUAUCACCUCAGUAGAUCAGCAUCUGACCCUGGUGUUCUCUGGAUGUUAAUAAAGGACAAGGUGUUUGGAGAGACAGAAGAAGAAGAAGAUGAGGAAGAAGAAGGAGGCGAACUCAGAGACCCAUUGCCAGGGAAAAUGAAAACUUGUGUGAGUGAGAGACUUCAGUCUGACCUACUUAUCAGCAUUGUAAUCAUGAUUCUAUCAUUUGCCAUACAUGUCAGUACAGUCUUUAUACAGCCCCUCAUAGAUGAUAUACUAUAUUUUACUGUUGCUGGUUUUGGAUUUUUAAUACACUACCUCAUACCUCAACUACGUAAAGAGAUGCCGUGGCUUUGCUGUUCUCAUCCACUUCUGAAAAGCCAGGAAAGAAGCAUGUUUGAGGCUACAGGUCCAGCCAAGAUAAUGUGGUUUGAGAAGUUGUAUAUAUGGAUGAGAUUUGUAGAAAGAAAUGGGAUGUACCCUGUUAUUGUAUUGUGUGCCUUAACCAGAUCAGUUCCUGAUGUUGUCUGCAAGUUUGGAAACUAUUUUGGUCCACUAGUCCUGACAGUGUGUUCAUUAAAGCUGCUGAGAUUUGCAUUUUCCAACACACCGAAACAACAUAUGAUUCUAGCAUUUACUGUUCUCUUCUUCAAAUAUGAUGCCAGGUGGGCGACAGAAACCACACUCAUUGAUUACUUCUUUCUUGCCAUCUUAUUCACCAAGUUUUGUGACCUGUAUUUGAAGAUGAAAUUUAUCAUCACGUACAUUGCACCCUGGCAGAUCACUUGGGGCUCGGCCUUCCAUGCAUUUGCUCAACCUUUCAGUGUGCCUCAUUCUGCCAUGUUAUUUCUACAAGCUGGUGUGUCAUCAUUCUUUUCUACACCUCUGAACCCUUUCCUGGGGAGUGCCAUAUUUAUUACUUCCUAUGUCAGACCUGUCAAGUUCUGGGAAAAGGACUAUAAUACAAAACGGGUAGAUCACAGCAAUACAAGAUUAUCACAACAGUUAGAGAGAAAUACUGGUGCUGAUGACAACAAUCUGAACUCCAUAUUUUAUGAGCAUUUAACACGCUCCUUACAACACAGUUUGUGUGGAGACCUGCUGAUGGGCAGGUGGGGGAAUGCCGAGCAAGGUGACAUCUUCAUCAUGGCAUCAGAUUCUCUCAAUGCACUUGUACAUAUCAUAGAGAUGGGCAAUGGACUUGUCACAUUUCAGCUCAGGGGCCUUGAAUUCAGGGGAACAUAUUGUCAGCAGAGAGAGGUUGAAGCUAUCACAGAAGGUGUGGAAGACAAUGAUGGAUUUUGUUGUUUUGAGCCCGGUCACCUACCUCAUUUCCUAUCUCUGAAUGCUGCGUUCAAUCAGAGAUGGCUGUCGUGGGAAGUUGUUGUCACGAAAUACGUCCUCGAGGGAUACAGUAUCUCAGAUAACAAUGCUGCCUCUAUGGUGGGAGUGUUUGAUUUCAGGAAAGUUCUCAUCAUGUACUAUGUUCAGAGUAUAAUAUAUUACACUGUACGAUCUCCACGUUUAGAGCAGUGGUUAGAGAAUACUGCCAUUCAGGAAGCGCUGUCGGCAAUGAGUGAGGAGAAUUACUGCGACGUUGAUCCAACAUUUAGUGUACAUGUCGACGAUGAUUAUGAUUCACAGAAUUCUGGGAUAUCUCGGAAAAGUUUCUGUAAUCGUAACCUCGACUGGAUUCAGUAUUGUGCAUCAAGACGAGAAAAGCAGGUAGACUGUAGAAGAGAUUCACCACUAGUGACACUGUGUUUUUCUCUCAGUCUGUUAGGCAGAAGGGCACUGGGAACAGCCUCGCAUAACAAUGCUUCAGCCAGUGUUGAAUUUUUCCUGUAUGGUCUGCAUGCGUUGUUCAAGGGAGAUUUUCGGAUCACAUCAUCAAGGGAUGAGUGGGUGUUUGCUGACAUGGAGUUACUACGUAGAGUCGUUGCUCCAGGUGUAAGGAUGUCAUUGAAAUUACACCAGGACCAUUUUCUGAUCUCUGAUGCGUAUGAGAGCGAGGAAUCUCUGUAUGAUGCAAUAAGUCAUUAUGAAACCAGUCUAGUCAUUUCACAUGAGGCAGAUCCAGCCUGGAGAAAUGCUGUAUUAUCUAAUACACCAUCCUUGUUAGCACUAAGGAAUGUGUUUGAUGAAGGAUCUGAUGAGUAUAAAAUCAUCAUGCUGAACAAACGAUAUCUUACCUUUAGAAUUGUAAAGGUAAACAGAGAAUGUGUUCGUGGAUUGUGGGCUGGUCAGCAACAAGAACUGAUCUUCCUUCGAAACAGGAAUCCCGAACGUGGCAGUAUACAGAACGCUAAACAAGCUCUCCGUAACAUGAUCAACUCUUCAUGUGAUCAACCAAUCGGCUACCCUAUAUAUGUGUCGCCCUUGACGACCUCUUACUCAUCAACAAAUGAACAAUAUACAUCAGUAAUUGGUGGAGAGUUUAUCCUAAACAAUGUGAACAGGUUUUUCAAGAAUGCUUGGCAAAGCUUGAGACGUCACUGUGGAGCGUCCUGUACCUCGGGUAGUUCAGCUUGUGUGGAGGGAGAUAUUCCCUACAGCUGUACCCACCAAGCUGCUGCUGCUGUCCUUGGCUCCACGGGGAGGGGCUGUCCCCCAACCACCCCAGUCAACACCCCAGGGGACAUGACACUAACCAGUAGGGGCAACAGAGGUAGCCUGAUCUCAACUACCAGCUCGGCUGCCAGCAAACCUCGGUCAGUAGUCACACUAGCUGGUCUGAUAGGGGAAAGCCAGCAACAGAAAGAUGGGUGGCUCAAAGUCAAGAUUGUUGACGUUAGCUGUGUAUAUGACAGUGUGAAUCUAGGUCGUAGAAUUGAUGUACAAUGGCCGAAUGAAGAGUGGAGAAAUAAUGGUGGGAAAAAUGUUUGGUCGGGCUGGUACCCGGAAAAAGGAAUGGAGGGAGUUGUUGUACACCGCUGGAGCCCGUGCCAUAAGGAAACUGUGAAGAGAUCACAUGUUGAUAAGACAAUUGUUCUGGUACAGAUCGGGGAACGGUAUGUUCCGGUUGGAGAACAAGGUGUUCAGUAUAUUGGAGCUGAAACUUGCUGAUGUACCAUCCAUGGGAUACUGAAUCUUAGUUCAGCAGCAUCUUGGUUCCUGUGAUUCGAUUAUGGACUGUUAAGCUGAUCUGAUAAAGAUAACCAGGCAACAUCAGUGGUACAAAUCAGCCGCACCUUGAGAAAAUUAACAUAGUGCGUUUGCGACCAGCAUGGAUCCAGACCAGCCUAUGCAUAUGUGCAGUCUGGUAAGGAUCCAUGCUGUUUGCUUUCAAAGCCUAUUGCAAUUAGAGAAACCAUUAGCGAACAGCAUGGAUCCUGACCAGACUGCGCAGAUGCGCAGGCAGGUCUGGAUCCAUGCUGGUCGCAAACUCACUAUGUUGGUUUUCUCAUGGUGCGGCUCAAAUUAUAAAUAAAUGUCUCUUAAUGUGUUACGCACAUCCUUAGAUAAGUGUUAAGUCUGUGAUUUUGUUCAGUGGUAAAUAUGGUAUUUUUUAAUUGUGAAAUUUUGACUUUACAGUAAAACUUGAAUAUAGCAAAAAAAAUCCUGGAGAUAAAGAACAAAUUUUCCAAAAUUUUCGCAUAAAAAUCUACAGGUACAACAAACUCAGUUGUAGCAAAUUUGUUUAGAAUAAACAUAAAAUUUGGUUUGAAAGCAUCAAUGAAUAAUGCAAAAAGAAAUUUAUAAUGAACAAUUUCUACUAGUAAUUUUUUUUCUUUUGUAGAUUGUUUUAAACAAAUGUAGCAUCAAUUUGAAUCAGAUGUUUCAUUAAAAAUGUGAACUUAAAUUAUUUAAAAAAGUGUUAAAUAGAUCUUCCAGCAUAGAGUGUUACGAAAAGAUGUUUAAGAAAAUGGGUCUCCAUGGCUGACUGGUUAUGGUUGCUUACUUUGAAUCACUUGCCUAUCACCAUUUCUUUCAUGGGAGGAAGCCAUUCAGCAUGUUUAUGUAAGGAUGGUUCUAUCCAGGUACCUGCCCAUGCCUGAAAUAAUUCCUAUAGAUGCACAUGGUGUGUUCCUCCACCACCAACAGCUGGAAAGUCAUCAUAUGACCUAACUUGUGUUUGUGUGAGGUUAACCCUAAUAAAAAGAAACACAACAAAGAACAAUGAAGCAAAAUUAUGAGGGACAACUUUUCUGUUUCUGCUAUAUCCAGGCUUUACUGUAUAUUUAUAAUGACUUCUCCCCUACAAUAAGGUUGAAUGAUUUUAGUUGACUAAGCUGCAGGUUCAAGGUGUGAUUGUGAUCGCCCUUCAUCUUUUUCCUGCUUGCUUUGUUAAAGAGUAAAUCUGAUGAAUGAAAUGGAAGCUGAGAAUUGCAAAUGCCGUGUAUAGGGAUCCCCAUCGUUUUUGUGUGUUAUAUUUAACAGAAUUUCUUUGCAACAAUAUUAGUUAUUGUCAUAUUUAGAAAAACAAUUGUGUGAUAUAAGAUGAUAUGAAAUAAUUAUUAUAGAUAUAUUUUAUGAAAUUGUUAAGUCAUCAGUGUUUUAAAUAAAUUGUUCAUCUAUACCUCAUUUCAUAGCAUCAACCUGAUUUUAAACUUGUAAAUUUUUCAUUGACAUCAUGGUUCUAGACUAGACAUCAUCUCUUAUGUUAUGACAUAUUUCUAUGUUGUAUAAAGUAAUAGGUCUGAUAUACAGUUAAUUAUGUGUAUCUAUAGAGAGAGAGUCACCGUAAUGCAAGAAGUAGAUAAAUGCAUACAUGUAAAGAAGUAUUUGUCCACUUUUUAUGCUAAGGUUACAACUUCUGUAAAUUUUUAUGGAAUUCAUUUCCUGAAAUAUUUUUCAUCUUGAUUUGUUACUUCAUCUCUUCAGGUUCUAAAAUUACUAUGUUCAAUAAGCAUUCUGUUUUUAGCUCACCUGUCACGAAGUGACAAGGUGAGCUAUUGUGACCGCUUGAUGUCCGUCGGGCGUAGUGCGUCGUCAGUCGUGCGUCUUCCAUCAACAAUUUCUAAAAAAAUCUUCUUCUUGAAAACCACUGGGCAGAAUUACACCAAACUUCACAGGAAUGAUCCUUGGGUGGCUCCCUUUCAAAAUUGUUCAAAGAAUUGAAUUCCAUGCAGAACUCUGGUUACCAUGGCAACCGAAAGGAAAAACUUUAAAAAUCUUCUUCUCAAAAACCAGAAGCCCUAGAGCUUAGAUAUUUGGUGUGAAGCAUUGCCUAGUGGACCUCUACCAAUUUUGUUCAAAAUUGACCCCGGCCCAGGGGUCACUUGAUUUUACAUAGGAAAAUCUUAAAAAAAUCUUCUUCUCAAAAACCAGAAGCCCUAGAGCUUAGAUAUUUGACAUGUAGCAUUGACUAAUGGACCUCUACUAAAGUUGUUCAAAUCAUGACACGGGGUCAAAAUUGACCCCGCCCCAGGGGUCACUUGAUUUUACAUAGAUUUCUAUAGGAAAAUCUUCAAAAAUUUUUUAAAAAUAAACCAGAAGGCCUAGAGCUUAGAUAUUUGACAUGUAGCAUUGCCUAGUGGACCUCUACAAAAUUUGUUCAAAUCAUGACCUCUGGUGUCAAAAUUGAGCCUGCCCCAGGGGUCACUUGAUUUUACAUAGGAAAAUCUUCAAAAAAUUUCUUAAAAUAAACCAGAAGGCCUAGAUCUUAGAUAUUUGACCUGUAGCAUUGCCUAGUAGACUUCUACAAAAUUUGUUUAAAUCAUGACCCCCAGGGUCAAAUUGACCCCGCCCCAUGGGGUUACUUGAUUGUAUAUAGAAAAAUCUUCAAAAAAUUUCUAAAAAUAAACCAGAAGGCCUAGAUCUUAGGUAUUUGACAUGUAGCAUUGCCUAGUAGACUUCUACAAAAUUUGUUUAAAUCAUGACCCCCAGGGUCAAAUUGACCCCGCCCCAUGGGGUUACUUGAUUGUAUAUAGAAAAAUCUUCAAAAUUUUCUAAAAAUAAACCAGAAGGCCUAGAGCUUAGAUAUUUGACAUGUAGCAUUGCCUAGUGGACCUCUACAAAAUUUGUUCAAAUCUUGACCCCACCCCCUGGGUCAAAUUGACCCAGCCCCAGGGGUUACUUUAUUGUACAUAGGGAAAUCUUCUUAAAUUUGCUAAAAAUAAACCAGAAGGCCUAGAUCUUAGAUAUUUGAUAUGUAACAUUACCUAGUAGACUUCUACAAACUUUGUUCAAAUCAUGACCCCCGGGGUAAAAUUGGCCCUGCCCCUGGGGUUACUUGAUUGUACAUUGGAAAUUCUUACAAAAAAUUUCUAAAAAUCAUCAGUUUGACAUUUGAAACAUGUAGCUCAUAUUACUCAGAUGAGCGAUCCAGGGUCAUCAUGUCCCUCUUGUCAACAAUUUGUUACGUAAUGCUGCUUGCUUAUUUCUAGUUCACUUGUUUUCCAUUAGGUUCUAUAUGAUUUUGUUGUAAAUACCUGUAAAUGUUACUUUUAUUUUCAUUAAAGCUUGAUUCAUGCCUAGCCCGCCCGCUUAGCUCAGUAGGUAAGAGCGUUGGUCUACGGAUCGCGGGGUCGCGAGUUCGAUCCUCGGGCGGGGCGUAUGUUCUCCGUGACUAUUUGAUAAACGACAUUGUGUCUGAAAUCAUUAGUCCUCCACCUCUGAUAAUUCAUGUGGGGAAGUUGGCAGUUACUUGUGGAGAACAGGUUUGUACUGGUACAGAACCCAGGAACACUGGUUAGGUUAACUGCCCGCCGUUACAUGACUGAAAUACUGUUGAAAAACGGCGUUAAACCCAAAACAAACAAACAAAAUUGAUUCAUGCCUGUGCAAUAACUUUUUGUAUUCUACAAAUGUAAUAUAUUUGUAUGUAUAUUUGAGAAAAGUUUAAUUGGUUUGUACAUAGGACAGUGAUUUUAUUGGAAACAAUUUGUUCAUUUUGUAUGAUGAUUUUUAUUUGUUGAAGCAUGUGAAAACUUAAGUUUAUGGGAUGAGUCUAAAUAUUAUUCAGGGAACACUAGUAGGAGCAGGGACUUACGAGGUAUACAGUGCCCUGUUUGUAUUGUAAUUUUAUCAUGGCAGAGAACAUAUUUAGGAAAUACACCUGCUGUUUAAAUAUGGGGCAAGAUGCUUGUCAUUUCUGUGUAGAGCUUGCAUAAUUAGCUUGAUUAGUGGAAGGUCUCAGUGUCUGCGUGGUUAAGGUUACUUACUGUGAUACACAUUCCCCCUCCCCAAGACUGGGUUCAAAAUCUUGCUUGGGGUCUAGAAUGUAUUCAUCCGAGGAAUCCAUCUCGCUAGCUUAUGGGAGGUUAUAUGAGCUCUCUAGGUGCCCGACCGUGUCUGAAGUAAUAUGACCCGGAGGUGCGCCUGGGUCCUCAUUGACCAUCUAAAGCUGGAAAGUUACCAUAUCUCCUAUAAUUUUGUCAUUGUGAGUGUUAAAUUUAACAAAAGCAAAAACAAACAUGAUUCAGAAACACGUGACAUCAAAACAACGGAGUAUGUGCCGUAUCUUUGUUUCUAAGAAUUAAGUAUAUUUAACACAUAGUUGACACACUUGCACAAUCAACAGAUAAGUAGCCGAAGAACAAAACAGUUUACAUGUAGUUAGGCGUAAAAAAAAAAAUUGUUUGUUUCCGGUGGCCCGACCUACCCUAUUUUUUUACCGCCGACCCUAAAAUUUUUAGCGGUAAAAUCGGGCCGCAUAUUUUUGAAAAUAAGUAUAUUAUUAUUUUUAUAGCUCUUUGCACGAAUGGACUACUCCGCCGAUCGGGCGAGUGGUUUUUUCGUGGUAACUUUACCAAAUUGAGAAAUUACAUCAGGCAAAAUUACCUGGAUUGACUGGAAUUUACCCGCGAAUCGUAAAGAUAUCAAAACGUCAUGCUGGUAAUUUUCCAUUCCACAAGCACGUGCGCCCUAUCGUAAUAUCUAACUAAUUUACAUCGCGGUUACUUUUGACACAAAAAAUGCGCGUAGUGCAUUCAUUUUUUAAUAUAAUCGCUUCAAAUUUCCAACACCGCUUGAGAACUAAUACAGUUUGAGUUCUAUAACAAUUUUAAUAAGAUAUCGACAGGAAUGUAGGCAAAAUUCUUUAAAAACGAUCAAAUUUUCAUAUAAUGUUUUGUAAAAUUUCAAACAGCGCGAUCUUGAUUAUUUACUUCUUUUUUAAAGUAAAUAAACGGUACAUACUAUGGUAAUAAAAUUCAGACUCUUGACCAGAAUGUACAAAAAUCACAAUUAAAAAAUCUUAAAUAAUGAAAAAGCGGCAGCAAUUUAAAUACAUGGAGUAAAACGAUUUUUGUCAAACAGAUUUCUGUUAGCACGGCAGAAUAGGUUACGUAACCUCGUGAACGUAAAUAGAAAUGUGGUUUUAAAAUAAAGCAGUAUGAUGUUGUUGCGGAAUUUAAUAAGUUUUAAAUUAUUCAUUGUACAUGUAUUUUUUGACACAACACUUUGUUCAAACAAUAAUGUAAAUUCCUUUAGGGCAAAUAGGUCACAGAGGUAGGCUAUCCACUAUCAUCGUUCACGGUUUGACAAAUUUACAUGUCAGUUUAUUCGGGAUAAAAAAAGAUAAAGAAAAAACUUCUCAACAAGUUAAGGAAUCGAGAAAGUACGAUUAGACAGUGAUGUGUCACAUGGCGCGAAAACAUGACGUAAUGCCAUGACAAUCUCGGGCAACUAUACCGCUUUGAUCUCCACUUCAGAUGCCAUAAUAACCGACACACUUCUUUUAGCUCUUUGAGGGGGUGUUAAUUGAUGAUGAAAACAAGGCUAAAUUACUUAGUUUAUCAUCAGAAUAAUUACCGAUAAUUGUUAAUGUUUUUUUUUUCACUUUCAACACGGGUGGACGUCGGGUGGAUGAUUAUUGUGUCCAUAUUUUAGGACACUUUUCAUAAUUAUUUUUCGGGAUAAUAGAUUGCUACAGUCUUCCAUUUUUAAUUAUUUUAGAAAUAAGUCUGUUUCUUUGAGUCAUAUGAAGUUAUGACGGUUGGAGGUCCACUAAAGUCUGAGCAGGUCUACUAGAUUUCAGCAGUUGGUGGACCUGCUGAAAAAAGUUAAGGUCGAGGCCUGCAGAGUCUUGAAAAGUCAGGUUUUAGAUGGGAUUUAUAGUAGUAAGACGUUGAACAACCACUUGCAGCUUUAUUAAUUCACAAUUUGGGCAUACCAGUCAAAACUCCAUUGUCUGGCAUUUCCAGUUAAUCCAGAAUUUUAGAUUGGGAUAGGGGGUGAUGGUAUUAAUCUCAAUGCAGAUCAAAGAUGCAAAUCAUAUUCCUGGCCAGUGUGCUUUUACUUGGUUUUAGUUUGAAAUAUUAAUGUUGGUUGUUGAAUAAUAUUCAAUAUUAAAAUUAUUAUUUAAAGAGAGAAUCCACAGCAAGAUUUCAUUCAAGUUUCAUGUUUAAUUAAAUAUAAACCAUGUUCUCCGCAAGUAAUUGCCAACUUCUCCACAUGAAUUAGCGGCGGAGAAUGAAUGAUAUAGGACACAACGAUCCUAUGACCACUUGAUCCGUAGAUCGACUGCUCUACCUAUUGAGCUAAUCGGAUGGGCUAAUCUGGAAAUGAAAAAACAACAAAACGCAAACAUGUAAAGCAUAGAGGAUAUUACAUGAGUGUCUUUUCAUAUUGAAUUUAUUCAAUGAGUUUAAUAAAUUCAAUGUGGAAAGUCACAAAUGUAAUAUUCUUUUUAUCACAUGUGAGCUUUUCCUGUCGAAAACUCAUACAUUCUACUUUCUUUUACUAUAUAAACAAGUCAAUUUGACCAAAGUCUCCAAUGCUAUAAAUGACGUCGACAUCAAAGUUUUAUUACACUAGUGUAUUAUCAUUUUUAUUUAAUGACUUUAUUACACUCCCGCAACGUCAAACAUGUGAUAAAAAUAUUUAUUUCAUAAUAUUUAAAUACACAAUCAAACGAUGGUGUUAGGUUAAAAAAAAAAAAAAAUGCCUACCUACCUACCCUAUUUUUUUUGGCCAUGUCACUGGAAACAAACAAUUUUUUUUUAGGCCUUAUUAAAGAUAUGGGAAGUUCAGUUGUUUUACUCUUUUUAAUAAUUUUUGCUCAUACCGGUUUGACUUUCAUAUAGAAAAGUUUUGGACAUUCCAGAAUAAAGUAUUACUUUAAGUGACAAAGUGUACACAUUCUUUCCUCUUUGCUAAUUUUAUUUUGGGUGAUAUGAACUUUAAAAUGAUACAUUCAUGUCAGUAUAUAUAAAUGUUGAAUCAACUAUUUUUAGACAGGAAUAUAUUUGAAAAGUAUUGUGCUAAAAUGGGAAGACGUAUAAAAAGAACUUUUUGACAAAUUACAGUAAAGAUAUAUAAAGUUCAGUAAAGCUCUAUGAAAUACAGUACAGCUAUAAUGUACAGUAAAGCUGUAUAACGUACAGCAAAGCUAUAUAACAUACAAAUAAGCCAUAUAUACUGGAAUCCUGCUAUGGGCAGACUAAUACAUUUGUUUAUGGGAAGAGGGCUAGUGAAUGAAUUUAUGCCUGGAUGCUUAUCUGGAAUUAAAAUUAAAUUUCAUUGUCUUUAAUGUUUUAACAGUACUUGACAAAAGUUAAAUAUACCUGAUAUUUAUUCAACAUAUUGCCUUAUAUAGAGUUAGAUUCAGUAAAGAAAAGGUACUUUAGAUCAUCUAGUCAAUGACAUCUUGUGCUUAAAUUAUGUUUUUAUGUUAUCUUUUAUUCCUUCAAAUUGUAUAUAUAUGUUUUUGUUACUGUAAUUUUCAUUUUAUGUUGUUUUAUUAAUAAGAUUCCGAGCUGACAUUUUGUCAUUUAUUUUAGAAAGGUUAAAAAUUUGUAGAUGGACAUCUCAUUUAGUAGAUUAUCAUGUUGAAUGUAUGCUGUGCAAAUUGUACAGAAGUUAAAGCAUGAUGCAAACUGUAUAGAUUUAUACCCAAUGGAUUUGUGUCAUGGUGGAUUUUCAUUAAACUUUGACUGUGUCUAAACAUCUCCAAAGCUAGCCUCAUUCUUUUAUUUGACAUGUAUUUGAGCCACACCAUGAGAAAACCAACAUAGUGCAUUUGCGACCAGCAUCCGCGCAGUCUGGACUGGAUUCUAUGCUGUUCGCUUUCAAAGCCUAUUCCAAUUAGAGAAACUGUUAGCAAACAGCAUGGACCAAACCAAGAUCAGCCUGCACUGUUCGCUAUUCAGUCAGUAAAUUUUCAUUGAAUACCCUUUCAAAUAAUAAAUGGUACUGUCCAAAUUGAAUGAUGGACCAGUCCAUGUUAGAAAUUUAGCAGGCUAAAGGUUAACCAGACCAUAUAAAGAAGAUAAUGAAAUGGCCCUGGUAUAAUGGCAGUUUUAUAGUGGUUGAAAUGGCAAUAUUUCAAAAACAACAACAACAUUGUUUAUUUUAUUGUUUGAUUAAUGUAACGUCUCUAAAGUUACUAUAAUUAAUGUAACAAAACUACAUGCUAAAUUUUAAUUUGCUUGCUAAGUUUUUAGCUUAACUGUUAUAACUAAUAUAUAGAGAGCUACCCUACUUGCCCAGGCAGGGACAUCUGCAUCCACACAUUAAAGUUUUGAUACAUUGUCACUUUAUCUCUCUCUAUUAUGACUAAAUGGUUUAAUUCAGACUUAAAAAUAGUUCAUGCAUAUAAACCCCCAUAGUUCAUAAAUUUUGCACAAUUAUUUCAUGAAUUUUCCCCCAUUUUUACUUACAUUUUUCAGGUUGAAGUUUUGAUGCUCUUUCACUCUAUCUCUGUUAUUACUAAAUGGGAUUUGAUUCAAACUGAAAAUAGUUGUCAUAUAUUGUCACCGCAUAACAUGACACAAGAUUGAUAGCUCUAAAUUAUGCCCUGUUUUAACUUUGAAUUUCAGGUUAAAUUUUUUUAUGCAGUUUAUCUCUGUUAUUACUUAAUGGAUUUGACUCAAAAUGUUGUCCAACAUAUACACAUUAGGGGUAUCAGUAACAUCAGUGAUAGCUGUAGUUUCAUUAGAUAUGCCCUAUUUCACAAUCAAGCUUCAAAAUAGUCAAUUGUGCCGUCUUCUUUGACAGCUCAUGUUUAUUACCAAGAUAACGUGUAUAAUUAGAAAGUUUUUAAUUCUGUUUUCUUAAAAGGAAACUGAAGCAAGCAGAAUUCAGUCUACACUUUAACAUAUUUCCAUCAAUUAUUGUUGAAUGUUAUAUUCCAGUUGUUGGUGCUGCCAAAACUAUGUCAGAAAAUUGAAAAAAAUAAAAAUAACAAAUA